UGUAUAACAUUGCUCUGCUUCAAUGCAAAUAAAAAACAUAGAUAAGGUAACAGUGUAUCCUAAAGCAUUCUACGCUUCAUUUAGGAAUAAAUAUGUGACGUUUUAAUGCUCUGCGUGUGGGUGAGUUCAAAAAAAAAGUAUCUUUUUUUUUUCUUUCUCUUGUUAUCAAUUAUGAUGCUCAGAAACUUUGAGAAAAAAAGGCCUAAAGCGAACGAGAAUGAUGUAGAAGAUCAAAGUAGAGCAGUUAAUAAAAGCAUUGGAUCCAACAAGUCUUUCUUAAGAAAUGCUACGCCAGCCUUGUCACUCAAGACAAACCAAAAGAGAUCUAUCGACCUUAAUGAAGAAGCACAGACCAAGAAACAACACACCGAACCUAUUGAACGCACCCAACGUCACCGUGAAGAAGAAAUCGAAUGGGCUCCUGCUGGAUUCGAUCUUGAUUUCAGUGGGUUUGAUAGUACCGUUGAAACUUAUGAACCUGUUCUUUCCAAUCUUGAAUUACCAGAAAAUGACACAGCCAUUGAAAGACGCUUUCAUGUUGAACAAGAACCUGAAGUUGAACAAGAACAAGAACUUCCUGAACAAGACAUGUCUACUAUUGAAUACUGUCCACCUAAAGAAAAAGAAUUACCUUAUGUACCUGACUCAAGUUGUAUUGUCAAAGUAUCAGCCUUUGAUGGAUUUGCAGAUAUCAAUGCUUAUGAAUUAGCCCGUACAUUCAACAAAGACGACGAUACAUUUAUUGUGUAUCCUGAUGAUGAAGACAUCUUGAAUCAACUCUCUGUUCAACCUAUUGCUGAUAUCGAAUUUGAUUAUGAUUCUAGUGACCUUGAUCCUGAAUCUGAUACUGUAUCUGAUCAUGACUUUUCUUCUAUUCCUUUCCAAGACCAUACAUUGGAUAUUGAGUUUUAUGUUGAAGCUCAUUGUCAUUAAAUAAAAUAAAUAAAAAUAAAGCACUGACUUUUAAAUACGCGAACUCUUUUUCUCUUUUUCUUUUUUCACAAACUCAAGAUGGUGUUGGCUGAUUUAGGACGUAAAAUCAACUCUGCUUUUAAUGAAUUAACCAAGGCCCCUGUGAUUGACGAAAAGGUCCUGGAUUCACUUGUAAAAGAGAUCUGUGCUGCGUUACUUGCUUCCGAUGUCAAUGUGAUGCUUGU